AGACCAGAAGAAAAAAAAAAACACCCUAAAAGACAAAUGCAAGUUGCAAGUGGAGAGAGGAACAAGCUCACCGGUGAGGGAUACAUGGAGAGUGGCUUCUGCUGCACAUGGAUUAGAGAAGGAGACUCUGCAGGACAUCAUGCACCAACCCCUGGAUAUGCUGAGAUGACUUUACAUCGUCAUUGCAACCUGCCCAUACACAGCUGCACACUAUCCCUGCUCACAUUGUAGCCUGCAAAGCGUUUCAGAAGAGUUCCUGGGGUUUGCAACAAUUCCCAUUCACCAUCUAGAAACUAUGUUUAAAAAGAGGAGGACUGUGCCCAGGAUAAGCCGAGACUUCUGCCCAGCAGUCCCUGGAAGGACACAGUGUAACAGCAAGUGAUGUGGAAACUCUCAUCCAGAAAUAAACUCUGCUGCACACAGGUUGACCAUGGUAGCUGGGAUUCGUUCUCUGCUCCUUCUGCUGCUUUAUCAGGUGCUGUUGAGCGGUUGCACCGACCUUAUCCCAGAGGUAGGACGGAGGAAGUACGCAGAGUCUGGCCGGGCAUCUCCUGAGGAGUCACAGGGCAUCCUCAACCAGUUCGAGCUUCGCUUACUUAACAUGUUCGGUUUGAGGAGGCGUCCAACCCCUGGCAAAAAUGUGGUAAUCCCUCACUACAUGCUGGAAUUGUACCAUCUGCACUCAGCCCAGCUGGCCGACAACCAAGACAAGCCCCCCAUGGAUUAUCAGAAGGAGCGUGCAGCCAGCCGAGCAAAUACAGUCAGGAGCUUCCACCAUGAAGAUUCUCUAGAAGAUCUUCCCGGACAAGGAGAAAAAACUGUUCAGCGUUUUUACUUUAAUUUGACUUCAAUUCCCAAUGAAGAGCUCAUUACAUCUGCUGAACUUCGGAUAUUUCGAGAGGAGGUUCAAGACUCCUUUGAAAAUGACAGCAGUAAAGCCCUUCGUAUUAAUAUUUAUGACAUUAUUAAACCAGCCGCUGCUGCCUCUAGGGGACCUGUCACAAGACUAUUGGACACCCGACUGAUACAUCAUAAUGUGAGCAGAUGGGAAAGCUUUGAUGUCACACCAGCUAUUAUAAGGUGGAUUGCACACAGCCAGCCUAACCAUGGGCUUGUUGUAGAAGUGACUCACUUAGACUAUGGGAAAAAUGUUACUAAGAGACAUGUGAGAAUAAGCAGAUCUUUAUUGCCAGAUAAAGAACGGUGGUCCCAGAUAAGGCCACUUUUAGUAACUUAUGGCCAUGAUGGCAAAGGACACCCUCUACAUAAAAGAGAAAAACGGCAAGCGAGGCACAGGCAGAGAAAACGGCUUAAAUCAAGUUGUAGAAGACAUCCAUUAUAUGUAGACUUCAGUGAUGUUGGCUGGAAUGAUUGGAUUGUUGCGCCACCUGGGUACCAUGCCUUCUAUUGCCAUGGAGAAUGCCCGUUUCCCUUGGCCGAUCACUUUAACUCUACAAAUCAUGCUAUCGUACAGACAUUGGUGAACUCUGUUAAUUCCAACAUCCCAAAAGCUUGCUGUGUCCCAACAGAACUAAGUGCCAUCUCUAUGCUCUACCUUGAUGAAAAUGAAAAAGUUGUUCUGAAAAAUUACCAAGACAUGGUUGUGGAAGGGUGUGGGUGCCGUUAAAUAUAACGUUACAGGAUAAAUACACAAACACACAAAAAAGUUGACACUUUAAUAUUUCCCAAUAGAGACUUUAUUUAUGUAAUGAAAUGCUAAAAAAACAUUAUUUUGAAUAUAUAUUUAUGUGUACGAGAAAGUUGGGAAGCAAAAAUAUUUUAAUCAGAGAAAUAUUCCUUUUUUUUAUUUUUUAUUUUUUGAAAAAAAAAUGUUUUCAUAUAUAAUUUUUUUUUUUUUUGUACAUUUUAUACGGGUUUUGUACCCAGCACAGCACAUGAAGUAUAAUGGUCAGAUUCUUAUUUUGUAUUUAUUUUUCAUUAUAACCACUUUUAGAAAAAAAAAUAGCUGUUUUUUUUUGUAUUUAUAUGUAAUCAAAAGAAAUAUAGGGUUUGUAAAUAUGUGUUGAAAAGAAAAAAAAAACAGAUUUGUUGUAUUUAAGUUGAAAGGUAUACAUGGAAGGUAAAAGAUAAGCAAAAAUAUUUUUACUUUCUUAUAUGCUACUGUUAAGGUAAUUAGCUUAAACCCACAAGAAAGAGGUUAAUCUCAAGAAUUACCAGGACGGAUAAUGGUAUUGUGCAAUUCUCCAGGAGUUGUGCAGUGUUGGCUUUGAAAAUAUAACAUCUUAAGAAAAAAAAAAUCCUAAAAAUGGCUUUCUCACCUCAUUUUCUCAUUCAUUAGGCUUUAGACUUGAACAAUAAAAGUAUUAUACAGUAAAAUGCAAAAAAAUAAAAAUAAAUAAAAUGGUCAUACUCUGACCAAGUGUUUAACAUAUGUACUAUAUAUUUAGACCUGUUGGUACAGGAUAUUUUCUCUUACGAUGGAUAUUUUUUACAAAUUAAGACUUUAAAUUAUUUAUUUAAUGUUAUUCCCUUAUGUUGUUCCUAAGUAAAAGCAUUGUCUUUUCCAUUUUCUAUUGGUUCUUUUUGCUAAGAGCUGCUAUGAUACAAUUUCUAGUGUGGUUCUAUAUGAAAUAGCAUUGAUGGUGCAACAAUUUAAAAGUAAACAAGUUCUUAGUCAUACAACUUUGACUUGGCUAACUCCUUUUUGAAAGACCCCAAGGAUAACAUACCUGACAUGGGUUGUUAACAGUGAAUAUGUACCGUUAAAGUGUAUCUACCGGAUGCUGUUCUUUACGCAAUGGUAGAUCAGAUUCAGUCCUUACAGCAUGGUUUUCUUGAGGUCACUGGGGUUUUAAAUUCCUAGAAUUUGUAUGUCUAGCGAUGGCCAUUAAGUAAGUGAUUUGAACCCCAGAUAAGAAAAUAGGUAUAUCUAAAGGAGAAAGUCAUGUAGAAGUAUGAGAUUAUUUUCCAGUUGAGUUAAGGAUUAUUUCUGAUUUUCUUUUCAACAGAUAGGUGUUUGUGGACAAGACAUUGUACUUUUCUAGUUUCUCAUUCAUGUAGAUCUAUAUAAUUAUGAAUUCUACAAUUGCCAUACACCUAUGCUAUUUCACUUCCUACGCACUGCUGUAUAUUUGGAAAUAUGUUUGCAAACAGAACACAAAAUAUUGAUAAAAAUAAACUGCACAAAAUGUCACUAUUCAAAUGAAAAAGGCAUGGCAUAGGUAGAAAAAUCUUUUCAUCAUUCGGGGUAGAUGGUGGUUACCGGUGCUGCUAUUGGGUAUUUUUUAAGACCAUUGUGGGUUAUGGGUUCACUGGGCAUAUAAAAGAAGGGUCAAGUUCAAUAAGAAGAGAAAAUCUUAAAGGAUCAUUUUAUUCCAGAAUAUCUGGUAAUUUGUCCCAGUUUCCUCCAUUCCAAAAACAGAGAAGUGAUAGCUAUGAAAUCUAUCGCUAGUUAAUGGUCAUUGAAUCUAGAUUUCUCACCAAGCUCCAGACACCACUUUUGUUUUUGGUAUUGUUGUUUUUUCCAUUUUUUUUUUUUUGCCAGUUAAAUCCUGGGAUUGUAUCUCACAAAAAGUGUCAAAUGGAAUUGGUCAAUAAAUGGA